GACACACGUUUCACUGUCACAAGGGUGUUUAUCAUUCGCGCAGGAUUUAUCAUCCGUGCCGGUUUAUCAUCCGCGCAGGUGUUACUCCGAAGUUUUAAUUCAGAUGUCAUGACGUUGACGGUUUGUGGUAAACGGCCGUUAUAACCGUCCCGACGGAAGGUGGAUCGGUGGACAGCCGGAUAGCGUCGUUCGGAGCUCGGAACUCGAACUGCUCGGAGCAGCAGUGGUGGCGCGCGAGAGUACGAUGACCCGUCUGUUCGCAUGUUACGAGCGCUGGCUCGUCGCGGUUGCGUCGUAGUACGUCAAGGCAGAUAUUCCCUUUAUCGCGCGUAGAAAGCGCACUCGGGAGUCGGGAGUCGGGAAGAAGAAGGGAGAGCGUAGACGGGCGGCGGGCGAGCAGCGACGAGCCGAGCCAUUGCGCAGCCGCUUAUUUUGUUCGGUGGACGAGAGGCGGGCGGUGACGGACGCACGUUUAGCGGGGCAUGGCGCGGUGCGCGUUCUAGUAAACAAGUUGUGUGCGAGUCGCGCGGGGAAUCUUGCGCCCUGACCGAGCAGCCGCCGCGCGAUAUUUAUUUAACGACGCGACGCGUCGCGUCGUCCCUCGACCUCUUUCAAAGAUCUCGCCGUUCUGUCUACGGGAACGCUGGGAAACGCUGGGGAACGCUGAGGAACGCUCAACGCUCAACGCUCAACGCGGCCGAGGGAUAAACAAAACUCGGACAGCCGCGAGAGCCGAUUCGUCUCUCUCUCUCUCUCUCUCUCUCUCUCUCUCUCUCUCUCUCUCUCUCUCUCUCUCUCUCUCGCUUUCGCGAGUUAUACGUUCGCGGGUGUGAAUGGUGUUGGUGUACGCGAAGAAAAGUUACCGCCACUGUGUUCGCCACCGGUCCUGGACUCCUGGGAUCUCUAACGGAGGAGGCGAUCUGGUGAUCUUCGAUCGUGCUUCGACGGAAGGAGCCAUCGGCGAGUCGCCGUCGUCGCCGAGUUAUGACACCUCGCUACGCGUUUUGGGGCUUCCGACUGGACGCCGUGCCUCGGACGAUAGACUGUCUAGAUAUCGCCGAGAAAGCAGGAUCAUCAGCAUAGUGAGGAGUGUGCACUGAUCAGUGUCAAGAUUCCCUAUCAACUCGCGAAUCUCGAAUCGGUGUGCGCGUUCGGCACACUUAAUGGAGCCGUCUGGUGUGAUGACCUGCUGGUGGUGCCAAUCUUUCAGCAUAGUCGGUUGAUAUAUCUCAUACGUGCGUGUGCGGUCUCUUCGUCUCGUGGUACGCCCACGAAGUCUCUCGCACGGUUACGAAGGGGUCAAACGAAGCCGACAAACGUAUUACGGACAACGUCAAGAGAGAGAGAGAAAAAAAAAAAAAGAAAGAAAUCUCCAACGUCUUCGAGUGAUCGUCGUCGAACUUGUGGCCGCAUUGACUCUCGAGCCCUCCAUUCGCUCAUACGUUCGCAAGACAAAUAGGUAGAAACGACGUUUGAAGAAGCUGCUGGUUGGCCGCAUCGACGGUGAGAAGAGAUGCGAGCGAAACGUGACACUUUACCCCUUUUACUCUGAAUUCGCGGAGAGCGCGUAAAAUCAUUUUUCCCCGUCGGGAAAGGAAGUUUCAUUCUUCCAGUGAAGAUGAAGUCUUCGGCCACGUGUUAUACGCGCAGACUUCGUGGCGCGACGUUCGACGAGGACAAGCAAAACAUCGUUGCAACCUCCUUUUGGGAGGUUAAUUCUACUACCUGCCACUAUCACUAUCCGUCGUCGAGUUGUGGCGCAUUCGAGAAAGACGAUGGCGUAUCGUUCCUGCCGUCAUCGGCAUCGACGACGGCGUGCGAUCUUUGCGAGCGUCUUCGCGGACAAACGGGCUAUGAGUCGGUAAACGCGAUAUGGACAGGAGAUAGCCACGCGGCUGAUCGAUCGAGACGAAAACGCGACAAAAAUGAUUUAUUGACAAAUGAUUCGAAAACGACUGUUGGAAAGCGAGACAGAACUUUGAGGUGCGAUAGAACUCCGCUCCACGAAUCGUCCGCGAAAUGUGCUUCGAGUGUAGUGCGAUGGAUUUUCUCGAUUAGAUUCUACAGAGAUUUCAAAUCGACCGAAUGGCGGAGGCUCCUCUGGAUUGUUCUCCUGAUACUCACGAUACCCGACCUCGCUGCAGCGCACGACACCGAUCUUGACAACGGAGUGUGCCAAAGUAUAGACAUAAGAAAUAGCGUGAGUGAAUUCUCAAAACUAGAAGGAUGCCGGGUGGUCGAAGGUUUCGUACAAAUUCUCUUGAUCGAUCGAGCAGAGCAGUCGGCCUACGCCAAUCUCAGCUUCCCCGAGCUGGUCGAGAUUACUGGAUACCUUAUUUUGUACAGGGUAAGCGGACUGAGGACCGUCGGUCAUUUGUUUCCGAAUCUAACGGUCAUUCGCGGUCAUUCUCUCUUUAUCAAUUAUGCCCUCGUAGCAUUCGAGAUGAUGCAUCUUCAAGAAAUCGGUCUUCACUCUUUGACCAGCAUUUUACGCGGAUCCGUCCGAUUCGAAAAGAAUCCGACGUUAUGCUACGUCGAUACCAUCGAUUGGGAUAUCAUUGCUAAAGCUGGCAAGGGAGGGCACUUCAUAAAGGAUAACAAACCAACAAAUGGUUGUCCAGUGUGCGACAAAAAAUGCCCAACAAGACAGACGAAACUCGAUCAGUCUCUGUGCUGGAAUCGACAAUACUGCCAAAAAAUAUGCGACUGGAAGUGCGAGAAUAGAGCUUGCAACAGUACGGGAGUAUGCUGUCAUCCGUUCUGUUUAGGUGGAUGCUCAGGAUUGACGGCCAAUAAUUGUACCGUUUGCAAAAAUGUGAUAAUAAACAGAGAGUGUAAAGAUCGUUGCCCAAAAGGCAAGUACGAAUUCAUGAAUCGACGUUGCAUCGAAGAGCAAGAAUGCCUUCAGAUGCAAAAGCCGCGCGAGGCGCCGGAUGCUAUGAAGUCACGCCCAUAUAAGCCGUUCAAUGGUACCUGCGUAAUCGAGUGCCCUCCGGGUUACAUGGAGAGUGAAGAGAAGAAGGGUAAGCCCCCAACUUGUCAGAAGUGUGAAGGUCCGUCGUGCUUAAAGGAAUGUGCUGGUGCUAAUGUGGACAGCAUCGCUUCGGCACAGAAAUUACGCGGAUGUACACACAUCGCAGGUAGCCUCGAGAUACAGAUACGCGGUGGCAAAAACAUCGUAAAAGAACUCGAGGAUAGCCUAAGCACGAUCGAGGAGAUAGACGGCUACUUAAAGAUCGUCCGCAGCUUCCCACUGAUAUCUCUGAACUUUCUGAAGAAUCUGCGCGUAAUACGCGGUCAAACACUCGAGAACGGUAAGUAUAGUCUCGCCGUGCUCGAUAAUCAGAAUCUUCAGGAACUCUGGGACUGGAACACGCACCCGAACAUUACCAUCAUGUCCAGUGGGGGCCCCGCUAAACUCUUCUUUCAUUUCAAUCCGAAAUUGUGUCUGCACGAAAUCGAAAAACUACGAGAGAAGGCCAAAUUGGAAGAGUUCACCGAUCACGAUGUGGCAUCCAGCAGCAAUGGAGAUAAAGUCGCAUGUAACGUCACCGAGCUAAAGACUAAAGUCACCAAGAAGUCAUCUAGAGGAGCUAUUAUCGAGUGGAAAGCUUUUACGCAUCACGAUACCAGGUCCCUCUUGGGUUACGUUGUUUACUUUAUCGAAGCGCCUAAUCAGAAUAUAACUAUGUACGAUGGCCGUGAUGCUUGUGGCGGUGAUGGCUGGCGGGUGGAGGACGUUUCCGCUGAGAGCACAACGCCGCAGCCCCACAACGGCACGGAAUCACAAGAGCCUGUUUAUCACACUCACAUACUGACCCUGCUGAAGCCGUAUACUCAGUAUGCUUACUACGUUAAGACUUACACCAUAGCCACGGAAAGGUCAGGCGCCCAGAGUAAAGUCAAGUACUUUACGACGCUACCGGAUGCGCCUAGCCCUCCCAGAGCCUUAUCGACUUGGAGUAAUUCCAGCAACGAGCUGGUUAUAUCCUGGUUUUCACCACUUCAUAAAAAUGGAAAUCUAACGCAUUAUCGCAUUGUUGGUCGUUGGGAGCCGGAUGACCCGAAUUUCAUCGACCAGAGGAAUUAUUGUGACGAACCUAUGCCGUUACCUGAAGCAAAACCACCAGAGGAAGUCAUAGCGGAGGAAGAAAAAAAGCAUAAUGAGUUGGAGAAGGAGUUCGCAAAAACUGAUUCGUGCAUCUGUUCUGAUCGUGAAACGACGGAUCAGUCGAUGCGUGAAAAAGAAGUUUCCAGUUCGAUUGCCUUCGAAAAUGCGCUACACAAUCAGGUUUAUGUAAAACGACUAUCGCAGCAGCGUAGAAGACGCCACACUAGUGAAAUGUUAAUCGCAGCGGAUCUAGCCAAAGAGUUUACGUACGAUCAGGAUAGAGAAAGUACUAACGAUAAAGUGGAGAAUGGUACAUUCACGAUAUUCGAGCGAUUAAUAUCCAGCACCAAUCUUACUUUCGUUAUGAGAAAUCUUCGACACUUUGCUGCGUACAAUAUUGAAGUUCAAGCUUGCCGAGAACGUGUUGGGAAUGAUACGAAGAGUAAGAAUUGUUCGACGAAGAGCAUGAAAACGUACCGUACGUUAUCUAUGGAGAGCGCAGAUAAUAUUCCAUCGAAUACCUUUGAAUUAAAGACUUCUGGCGAGAAUAACAGUUUCACUAUAGUUACAUUGUCUUGGGACGAACCACCUCAACCUAAUGGCCUAAUAGUCACGUAUCAGAUUGAGUAUAAAAGAAUUGACAUAAAAAAUAUACAAGCAACAGUGGUAUGUAUCACAAGACGCGAUUUUACCAGCAUGGGCAACUCAUAUGUCUUGAAGGAACUUUCUCCUGGAAAUUAUUCUGUAAAAGUACGAGCUACGAGUUUAGCUGGAAAUGGCGCGUAUACCGAAGUGAAAUAUUUUUAUAUACCGGAAUAUGGUACACUUGGUACAUUCUGGAUUUUAUUCUGGUCGAUAUUGGGUGUUGUCAUAACGUUUACUUCUUUAAUAAUAUUGUACGUAUUUAAAAAGAGAUCAAUGCGAAAUGUGCCUAGUAUGCGGCUUAUCGCGACAGUGAAUCCAGAAUAUGUAAGCACAAGUUAUGUACCGGACGAAUGGGAAGUGCCCAGAAAGAAAAUUCAAUUAUUACGAGAAUUAGGAAAUGGUUCUUUUGGCAUGGUAUACGAAGGAUUGGCCAGGGAUGUCGUGAAAGGCAAACCGGAAGUACGGUGUGCUGUGAAAACUGUAAAUGAAAACGCAACCGACCGUGAACGGAUAGAAUUCCUUAACGAAGCGUCCGUCAUGAAGGCUUUUAAUACUCAUCACGUUGUCAGAUUGUUGGGCGUAGUGUCGCAAGGUCAACCUACAUUGGUAGUUAUGGAAUUGAUGGUAAACGGUGAUUUAAAGACAUAUUUGAGAAGUCACCGACCGGAUGUAUGCGAGAACUCUAAACAACCUCCGACAUUGAGAGAUAUUUUGCAAAUGGCAGUCGAAAUUGCAGACGGCAUGUCUUAUCUCGCCGCAAAGAAAUUCGUCCACAGAGAUUUAGCUGCUCGUAACUGUAUGGUAGCCGAAGAUCUUACUGUAAAAAUCGGUGAUUUCGGCAUGACAAGAGACAUAUAUGAAACCGAUUACUAUCGAAAAGGGUCCAAAGGACUGUUACCAGUCAGGUGGAUGGCACCAGAAAGUUUGAAAGAUGGCGUAUUCACUAGUUUUUCUGACGUUUGGAGCUACGGAGUUGUUCUCUGGGAAAUGGUAACAUUAGCUUCGCAGCCAUAUCAAGGCUUGUCGAAUGAUCAGGUAUUGCGUUACGUAAUUGAGGGGGGAGUUAUGGAACGACCGGAAAAUUGUCCUGAUUCACUGUAUAAUUUAAUGAGGCGUACCUGGAAUCAUAGAGCCACGAGAAGACCUACCUUUAUAGACAUCGAGACGCAGUUAUUGCAAGAAGUUAAUAUAGAAGAUUUUGAGAAUGUUAGUUUUUAUCACAGUCCGGAAGGAAUCGAAGCUCGAAAUCAAAAUAAUUCACAUUCACCACAAACUGACCAAGAUCUAGAAAUGGUUGCUCUACAAGAGCGUUUACGAGAGGAAGAAAUGGAGGGAGAGGAAGAUUCGCCACUGCGUCAAGACUUUGAUGACUUUGCAAGUUUUGAACCUCGUAGUAAAAAUACCUUAAGUCCACGAUACGGAGCAGAUUCGUAUGGCGAAACCUCAAAAGCUACUUCCAAUUUCCACGACAUGAACUCGAUAAAAGUACCCAAGGCUGGAUUCGAUGAAUUUGGCGGUAUCUCCGGAGAUUCGCUUGUAUCUAGUAAGGACACGUUAAACUCGCCUUUUGUAGAAGGCAGCCUUAAAUCAGUCAGGAGCUCGCCUUUUAUAUAUAAGAAAAGUACUUCCCGCAGUAACGUAAGUCAAGGUUCUCUAGGGAAAUCUGGAAGUCCACAAAGUUUAGUUAAACGAAAUUUUCUCGAUAGCCCAAAUCCGUCUAAGCUUCAGGAUGAUCCCGAUUACGAAAACAGGAGUCCUGAAAUCAUGUCAGGCAUUGAAAAGAGGGAGAUUACUUCUUUACACGUAGAAUUUCCUUCAAUGGACGUUCAGGUCAAUGGUGACAAAACGGAAAACAACAAACGCACGGGAGAUUACAUGAACAAAUCAGAAAUGUUGAAUAACGGUUACAUCAGUAAUACGACCACGUAGCUUCGCUGUACGAAACUUUAUCACUUGGAGUGAAUCGGAUAUGAAUAUUCCAACAAAAAGGCAGUGUCUGUGCCAAAUUUCUGAGCAUACUGAAUUAUCAUUUUGAAAGGAUUACAUUGAAUAAUGUUUUCUAUAUAUGAAAGGGAUGUUAGUGUGUUCUAGCUCUAACAAACAAGUUAUAUUCGUAAGUCUAUAUUUUAAACGUCUAGACGUAACUAAGAGUACAGGUCCUAACAAACAAAUGGAGUUUCCUUAUACGGGUGUUACCAUGUCUUAAUUCCGUCUCUCUAAAUGUAAUUUAUCGCUACGCGUGUACAGUUAAUUAUAUAUUUGUUGCGCUGCGAUGCAUGUUGGAAAAGAGCAGCGAAUAUAUUUAUAUCAGAUACUGUCUUUUUGAAGUUGUCGCUAUAGUAUAUGUUAAUACGGAGAGUUUACUUUAUAAAGACGCCGUUUAUCGUGGAGUUAUUAUGAACAGUUGCGAUUUAAGUCAAAUGUCUCUCCUGAAAAUUGGGCCGCGUACACUGUGAGAAACAUGCGACUGUCCAUUGGCAAUGCACAUUAUCUGACAAGCAUGUAAUAACUUCUCUCUCCAUUAACCAUCUAGCGUGUAAGUGUGUAUCAAAGAAUUAAGCAAGUUUAUUAUUUAUAUCAUAGACUUUCUGUUUCAUUUUCAGUCGCAAGAUGCGCUUUUUGCGCGAUUUCUGCUGUAACUAUAUAUUUGUAAAGCAUUGGUUUAUUUUUUUCCGAGUUUAUAGUAAAUAUGGUAAACCAAAGUGGCAAUUAGGUCGACUACCGCGUUGGUACGACAUUUUGUUCACAGCAAAAAGACCAUAUUUUAUAAAUUUUGUGAAUUACACCUAGUCGCCACUUUGCAUGAUUUUAAGCUUUGAACUCGUAUAGUGAUAUAGAUAUGUUGGAAAGUAUAUGUGUAGAGGGUGAUUCAGAAUAAGUGUAUGGACUUAGCAAAUAUAUCGCGUUCCUCUAAUUUAUAAAUUUCUAUUAUAUUUAUGCUUUCUACAUUGUUUUAAUAUUUUUGACUUUAUUAUAUCAGUUGAUCUAACAAUUCUGAAUUCACCAAUUG